AUGGACCAGGACUUCACCGACCUCUGCUCUCGUCUGCUCAAAAGAGUGAGGAAGAGAGGAGCAUCUGGAGAUAAGAAGAGACCAGCAACCAAGGAUGAGGAGCAGGAGCCGUCCUCCCCCUCUUCCAGAAGAAAACCCCCUAAGAGGAGGAGGAAGAAGACUGAUAUGAAGCAUAAGCUCAAUGGCAGGACUCAGCCCGUUUCUCAGCCUGCUCCUGAAGUGUCUGGCUCAGGGAGAGUCAAAGAUACAGUGAUCCAGAGGAUGCAGCGGUUUAAGAGAGCCAGUCCAGAGAGACUCCUGCAUGCAGAGACUGAUGGGAACCAUCUCCCCACUGCGGGGAUCCAGCGCACAGAAGAUGUGAGCAGCGAUGAGGCCCUGGCUCUUCAGCUUCAGCAGGCGUUGGAUCGCGAGGCUCGGUCCGCUAGAGACGUGGAAGAUGAAGGACUGUUCUUCUGCCAGUUCUGUCAGAAAGAUCUGUCGACCAUGAGUCCUCCGCUGUGCACUCAGCACAUCAACAGAUGUUUAGAUGCAAGCGAGAGCAGCGCUGCUUCAGCAUCCCGUCACCCCCCCCCCAGACCACGGGUCCCACAGUGUCCCAUUUGUGGAAAGAGUUUUAAAUCAGAAAAAAGCCGGUCUGUUCACCUAAAGCGGUGCUCGACUGAUAUGGGUGUGAAACCAAAUGAUCUUCUCCAGGCUCUGAGGAGACAAGCUGCUGAGACAAGAGCCAGGAGGAAAGCCCAGAAGCUGGACGAGGACACAAUGGUGGCGCUGGCUCUGUCCCGCUCUUUACUCCAGCAGGAAAUGGAAGAGGAGAGGGAGAUACUGGCUCCUGUCUUACAGUGGAAACCUGGAGCAGGCAAGGGCCGUGGGAAGAGAAGGAAGGGAGCGUCUCCUGUCCACCCUCCACUUCUCCUCAUCCAGGACCCUCAGACAGCACUGAACAGUCUGCAGGAUGCGUCUCUCCUGCUCCGUUCCAGACCCCCGUCUCCGCCAACACCAACCCUAUCCCGCUCCACGCUCCCUCUACAUCCCCAAGCCCCUCUCUGGGACAAAAGUGCUCUUCGUGGAGGAGGACCAGAUGCAGUUUCAGAGUUUUACAUCUCAGAACUAAGCAGCUUCAUACAGCCAUGGGCCGCACCGGAGUGGAGCUGGCUGAGGAAGGCUCACACUGUCCCAUGUUCUUUAGUUGAAGACAAUGCUGUGGAUGAACUUCCCUCAAGUGGUUUUGUUCCAGAGACAAAAGACAAGACGCCGCCCAAGGAAACCUCAGUGUUCGUUUCAAAGCUAGCAUCAGAUCUGAGCAGCAUGGUGAACAGCCCUCAGCUCAGUGAUGUGCAGUUACAGGUGGACAGUGGUGACGUUUUCUUCAUGCACUCGUUUAUGCUGUACAUACGAUGCCCGCUGCUGGCCAACAUGAUUCAUGACUCAGGUUUUGGUGUUCAGGAGGAGGGUAUGCCUGUCUCUCAGAGGGUGUUGUUGGGUAAUGUGCUUGGGGAGGCAGUACUGGCCCUCCUGCAGUAUCUUUACACAGCCCAUUGUCCUCUGACACACACACUGCUACCCCACAUACAGGAGCUCGCCGAUAGGUUUGGUUUAGCUGAGCUGCAGCAACAGUGUGAGGAAUAUUCUAGAAGUGUUGGGGAAGACCCAAGAGAGGAAUCUGAAGGCAUGUUUCCAGCACCUGAGCCUCAUCUCAGGGACCAAGAGGACCAGAACUUGGCAGAAGGCAACUUCUUGGAGCUCCUCCAAUCAAUGUGGCAGCACGGGGACAGCAAAGAAGAGGAUGCUUUCAAAGAGACUGGCGGAGAGGAAGGAGACAUGGCAGAGGAGCGAGAAAAAGAAGAUGAAGAAAAAGAGGACCGCGUGGAUGAGGAAGAGCUCGACAAGAUCUAUGAGUUUGCAGCGACACAAAGGAAGAUAGAGAUGAUGCUGGAGGCUACGACUGAGAGCGAAGAAGAGGAGGGAGAUGCAAAUACAUCCCUCAGAAAUGAGAAGAAAUAUGAGACUGAAGACAGGAACGAGACAGAAUCCCUCUCAGAGAAAUCUGCCGACAGUUGCCAUAGUAACAAACAGGGCGUGGAUGGGAUGGAGGCUGCCAUGGUAACAAGUCCAACAGAAGAAACCAUUAAAAACCCCAAUUCGGAGACUGAGAGAGUUUGUUUGAUUUCAGAAUUUGAUGAAAACUCGAGACUUGAGUCGGAUGCCAGUCUAGACGAGAGCUAUGUCCGUUUAUUCUCCCAGUCUGUAGGGGAAUGCAUGGAACCGCCAGAGACGGUGGUGUCCUGCUCUCAGCAACAACGUUACAAGCCAUCGCACACACUCGGAGGUGAGGUGAUCAACCUGUCGAUAAGCCCUCCAAGUAGCUUGGGUGUGUCAGGUGAGACCAACUUCCCCAUGCCUGGAGUGUCUCCUGUUCCUCAUGAGGAUGAACAUACAGGUAAUUCUCCACAAACAAAAGACUAUUCAGUAUGCCAGAAAAGCAAGAACCCCGCUUCCCUUCCAGAAUCUCAACCCAAACAGGCUGAGCCCAUUGUUCUCUCAGAUUCUGGUGAUGAAAUGGAUAUAGACGGUGGCCGCAAUGCUUUGACUCCUUUCGAAUCUCCCUCAGAACCUCUUCAGACGUCUAGAAGCUAUGCUUGUAACAGUUUCAAAGAAUCUGGAUCCCAAGGCCAUGCCGGCAAAUGGGUAGAUGCUUCCAAGCAGGUGUCAACCGAUACAGAAGCCAGAUCUGACCCAUCAGAGCACUGUAGCCCUGGGAUUGCGAAUGAAAGCGAGUUUGAUGGCUCUGCUGAGGUUUCCUGGCUGAUUCCAGCCACUCCGGUACCAUCCACACGCUGGAGCUCCUCCCAGACCUGCAUCAGCAUGCGCCGAACCCAACUCUUCCCCAACUCAUCGUCCUCUUCUACCUCUUCCCCUGCCUCGGGUGGUUUGAAACCUGCUAGCUUUGAUUCUUUAAGCAGCUGCUGCUAAAAAGAGAAGCCAGUAUCCUUGUCUGAAUUGCCCAAAUCUGAUCUGAAUCCCUUUAAAGAACGUCAUAGCACUGAUACAAAUAGCUCUCCAGGUUUUCAGAGACCACUUCACCAUUUCAGACUCUUUCGGGUUCCUUCUACAGAUGUUUCUGAUGGCUCCCACAUUGGCAGGAUCAUGGGACAUCCAACCCAGGGUGUCUCCAAGCCCUCAAGUAGCACUCCUCUCCAUUCAGACUCUUCCUUACAACGUCAGAUACCGUCUGGCUCCCCUGUGGUUGAUGACUGUGAGGUUUGGCUCAGGGAUAGUAGAGCUAAUCCUAGAUCCUUCGGCAGUCAGGGAAAAAUUGGCUUAGUGUCUCUACAACGGAGUUAUUCUUCCCCUAGUAAGACACCUGAGAAGAAGCAGAGUAGCUCUCUCGAGCAGGGAUGCUCCAGUCCGUCCCCGAACUCUCAAAGCUACAGUCAUCCAGAAAGAUGCAAGAAGAGAGAGAACGAUGGGGUAGAGCAAAUGGAAUUGGGAGAGAAUCCAAAUCAAAGUGAUGAAGAAUUGGUGGAUGUUGCGGGAAACUCAUUAAGUGACAUGGAUGAGCCUGGAAGAAGAGCGGGAGAUGAAAAUCCAAAUCAAAGUGUUGACGAAUUGGUGGAUAUUGCAGGAAACUCAUUCAAUGAUAUGGAUGGGUCUGGAAUAAGAGCGGGAGAAGAGAAUCCACAUCAAAGUGUUGACAAAGUGGUGGAUAUUGCAGGAAACUAAUUUUGUGGCAUGGACGAACCUCCUAUAGGGUUUGAUGACUCCUGGGGUUUGGAUGGAGGAGUUGGAAGCCAGAAGCCCUGCUUUAGUCUACGGCUUGACAGCAGCGAAGAUAUAGUCAGUCCACCAGGUCUCGAGGGUAAAGGACCAAUGCCCACGUCUCAUCUUGAUUCUGGAGCUUGUACCAAAACUCCUGAUCCAAGCCCAGGUCCAUUUAAUCACAGCCUACCUGAUGCUGACAUGUGGGAUGAUUGGGAAGAAGAGGAGGCGUCUUCCCUUCCUCUUUCUCAGAGGUUGAAAGCUCCCUCUGCCAAGAGAGUUGCCGAACUAAAGACUCCAGUUGCUUGCAGAAAGAGGAAUAAAGGGCCGCUGGUGCCCAUCACUCCCAUGCCAGGCUUUUCCGAUAAGGACACACCAGAACUAAAAAACAAACUCAACAGGUUCGGCAUGCGUCCACUGCCCAAGAAGCAGAUGGUUCUGAAGCUGAAAGAGAUCCAUCAAUACACCCACCAGCUGCAGAGCUCAGAGUCAGAGGAGGAGACCUCCGGACCCCAACGCUCCCCGAAUGCCUUUAACUCCGAGUCUGCUCCGCUCUCCUUUAAGCAGCCUACAACGCCCCCUGCUGUCUCACCCGUGAAACUGCCACCAAAUGAACAAGAUGAGCUUUUAUCAGCCUCUCAAGACUCGAAUACAUCCUCCACUGCGGAGUCUGACAGAUCAAACCCAGAGCUGUGUGUGUCUGAAGACGAUGACUAGGACAGCGAGGGCAUCACGGCGUCUCUGUGCGUGAAGGACAAACUCCUCGCAGUUCGUCAGUUCAUCCUAUCCAACCCCAAGCUGUAUGCACGAGUGCUGCAGUACCAGCCUAUCUCCCUGGCGGAGUUGCGGUCCGGCUUGAAAGCGGUGGGAAUCAGGUUAGGUGCUGCUAAACUACUAGACUUCCUGGACUCUCAGUGCAUUACUUUUAGUACGGCCAAACAGGGCCAGAAUGCAUCUUCCCGCAGAAAACGACGCGUGAAAAUGACAACCAGUGGCAGUGCAGCCAGAAGAGGAAGGAAAAAAUCAGCUAAGCCCAAUGUAGGAGUCGCAAGUGGGCUGAAAUAAAAUAAUGUGGUAAAAAAAAAACAGGAUUUUAAGAAUAAGCUGUUAAUGGACAGUAGUGGUUUUCAUCUUUUUACCUAAACAAAUGUCUGACACACACUCUAUUGCGCUAUUCCAGUGACAGGAUUGAAAUGAAAAUGCAUUUUGUACAGUGUUUGAAAUGAAAAUAUUUUUUAAAUGAAUUUAAUUUAAUGUCUGGAUAAUGUAAUUAAAAGACAUUUCUUAAUGUAUGUAUCACGUGUUUUUAUACAAGAAUGGGUUCAUUGUAAACUGUUUUAUGUUGUGAAUUGCAUCCAAUAGUUGCCUCUCAAACAAACUCCUUACCAAAGUUACAAAAACAGUCAAUGAAUGUUCAAUCAACCAUUUUUUCAUGAAUA